AUGGAUUCUCAAGAAAUCCCACCAAUGUCGCCUCAAUUCUCUGGCCCAGCCGGUCCUAUACCAUCCAGAACAUCGAGCAAACGCACUCUAAAGGAUAUGACCAUCCAUCAAUUGGAAACCAAAAAAUCGGAUCUAGGUUGUCUCAUUAAAAAGAGAAGAAUGGAUCUCAAGCCUAGUUCUUCCUUCGAUUCCGAAUACUGGUCUUCCCAUCUAGAAGUUCUCGAAAUGGAGAAGGAACUCCAUGAAUGCACUAGCCUCAUGGCAUUUAGAGGACACACGGAGGGGUCGAAUUCACAUCUAACCUAUAACGAAUGGCUACGUUCAGUAGAUAUGGGCCUAGAAUUAGGACGAAAACGAAGCGCUAUAGACCUAAAGCUAUCAGCUGCAAAAUCUCAAUCGACUCGACUCUCUAAACAACACCCACUUCUCGAAUCGUGGGUCAAACUAUUUUUCGGCGCGGCGAGUGGGUUUGGCUUGGGUGCAGCCUCAUUUGGUCGAAGAAGCAGCCAAGAGCAGAGCAAGAUGCGAGCUGAGAUGAUGGAUAAAUACCACGAGGGUGAAUCUCAAGAGAAGAAGAAAGAUAAAAUCUGGGAACCAGUCUGCGGUGCCUGGUUGCGCAGCGAGUGGGUACACGCUGCACAUCUGUAUCCUGCGAAGUCUAUCGAGCAUAUGGAUAUUAUAUUCGGGGAGGGAGCAAAAAAAGAGCUAAUGACAGCCUCUAAUGGAUUAUUCUUAUGUCCCGACAUUGAAAAGGCGCUGGAAUUGGGGUACAUCGCCAUAGUACCAGACGUCCGCCUUGAACCAGACGUUAACGAAGACCCCAAUACGGAUAUGAUCAACCGUCGACAGCACGUCAAGGAUUGGGAGAAUUCAGAUCCCAAAGAAUACAAACUCAUAGUCCUCGAAAAUUCGAAAAGCCUUAGGAAAAGGCUAAGUACCGUAUUCGAAUUCUCUUCAGUAUAUAAUAUCCAGUCAGUCAAAGAUCUCGACGGAAGGCGGCUCACAUUCCGCACCAACUUUCGUCCUCGCGCUCGGUUUAUGUGGUGGACAUAUUUAAACGCGGUAGUAAACUUAUCUUACCGCAACAAGCCGACGAGAGGAAUCGGCGUAGACAAGGAGGUCGAACUCGGGAAUAGGUACUGGGGGACGAGGGGAAAGUAUGUUAAGAGGAACCAGCUUUUAGGUUUCGUGGAGCACCUCGGCCAAGACGUGGCAAGUAUAUCUAGUACAUUGGUACUAGAGCACGGGAUUAAAGAGGAAGGGGAAGAAGAGUUACCGAACGCGACGGCAGUUGUGGUUGUUGCGAACACUACAAUCCGCAAAGCAAGCUCGAACUUAUCGAAUCUCGGGAUUGGCGGGGACUCGGAUGAAGAGGAUGACGGAGAUGAGGAUGAAGGAGAUGAGGGAGAGGAGGAUGAAGGAGAUGAGGAAGAAGAGACCGAAUAA